AUGAAGUACUCACUCGUACUGUUGGGCUCGGCCCUUACGGCCAAUGCCUUCCCUAGGAUUAUGGAAAUGAACAACCAAAUGCUGGAGACCCGCGACGCCGCGUUCUACGAGGCUGUCCAUGAACGCUCCCUCGAGGAGAAGCGACAACUCCCCAGCACGACAGCAGCACAAGCUUACAGCAAGUCCCGUGGCAACUGUGGUGUUAUCGACUGCCUCGUCUUCGACGCCGAUAAGCAAUACGUCUCGACUACUAAUCAGAUUCGAGGACUAUGCCCGGGACUGAACGCUGCUGCCAACCACGAAUACCUUGACAGGUCUGGCGUGGUGGGAAUUCAGAACACUAUCACCGGUCUGGGUCAGCUCUACGGCAUGUCGGUUGACCUUGCUGGUUUUUUGGCUGCUUAUGGUAUCAUCUUCGAUGGAGACCCAGUGCUUGGCACCUGGUCUAUUGGGCAAGUGUCGCCUCCUCCAGCUUGA